UCCUUCCUCCUCCCUCUCCCUGCCCACUCCCUUUCCCUUCGUGCCAGCGCCAAGAGGAGCGACAGCCCAGCUGCGGCCAACCUCGCCCCGCUGCACCAUGUUUGGCAUGAUCAAGAAUUCCCUGUUUGGCUCGGCGGAGGUCUGGCCCUGCCGAGUGCUGAGCCAAGGGGAGAAGGAUGAGGUAUCCUAUGAAGAAAGGACAUACGAAGGUGGAAAGUUUGCCACAGUCGAGCUCACUGAAAAACCAUUUGACGAGGCCAGAAAUGAAGCUGUGCUGAAACUUCUCAAAUACGUUGGAGGGAGCAAUGACCAGGGAGCUGGGAUGGGGAUAAUGGCACCAAUCUGUACGACUGUAUUUCCUGAAGACGAUGGGUCCUUGCAGCGUAAGGUGAAAGUCUUGCUACGGAUUCCAAGUCAGUUCCAGACCAGUCCUCCUUCCCCUACUGAUGAAAGCAUUCGAAUGGAAGAAUUGGAGGAAAUAAGUGUUUACUCCACGCAAUUUGGAGGUUACGCCAAAGAAGCAGAUUAUGUGAAUUAUGCAGCCAAGUUGACUUCUGCCUUGGGAGACAAGGAGGCCUACCAUAAAGACUUCUAUUUUUGCAAUGGCUAUGAUCCUCCUAUGAAACCUUAUGGGAGACGCAAUGAGGUUUGGUUAGUGAAAAAAUGAGCAGUUCAAGAACCCUGCACUAGGAUUUCCUUAAGUAGGCAGGGAUAAAAGGAAGGCAUCCUCAUGCUUGAUAUGAUGUGUUAUUUUUGGCAGUUCACCCACUGUGUUUUGGGUGUAAUGUUUGAUUCAGAAGCUGUUUGGUUUUUCUUCAUAAAACAUGAAUGCAAUGUCAUUGACUGUUCCCUAUCCAAAACAGAAUGGUAAAAAUGAAAUGCAGUUGUCCCUCCACAUUUGCAGUUUAGACUUUUGCAGAUUUGUUGCAUUGGGGAGGGACUAAGCUUAUUUAAUGCUGACCUAGAGACUAGAACAUUAAUCAAUGGACUCAUAUUGCAGCUAAAGACAUUCCGCCUAAACAUGAAGAAGAACUUCCUGAUGAUAAAAGCUGUUUGGCAGUGGAAUAUGCUGCCUUGAACAUGGUGGAAUCUGAUCUGGAAGUUUUUAAGCAGGGUGUAGGUGGCCUUCUGUCAAGAGUGCUUUGAUUAUAUUUUUCUGCCUGGCAAGGAGUUGGACUAGAUGGCCCAUGUGGUCUCUUCCAGCUCUAAGAUUCUGUUAGUGAUUCUAUGAUUAACAUGUUCUCUAGGAAUCUCUAGUAUCUAUGGUGUGACUAUAUGGUCAACUUCCUCCAGUCAUGCUGAAGGACCUAGACAUUUCAAGAGAAAACACCAGUCCUAGAAUCUCAAGGUCCUCCAGAGAGAUUCAACUUCCAGUGAAAUUCAACUGUAGAGUUCAGAAGACCGAAAUGUUCCUAGAGAUGUGUUCUCUCAUGUAAAAAAAUAGUUUCUUUAUUCGCGGGCUUUCACUUUCACAGUGUCCUGUGCUCCUGACUCCAAUGAAUGUGGAGGGCUGACUGUACAUUUCAGGGCUGGCUGCCCUAUUAUAUAGAGCAGUGGUUCUCAACCUUACCAGCUGUUGGGAUUUCUGGGAGUUGAAGGCCAAAAACAUCUGGAGACCUCAGGUUGAGAACCACUGAUAAAGAGAAAGGGAAUAGCCUCAGUCAGCAAAUUUUUGGAGGCAGCUCCUAUUUAAUCAUUUCUCCUCAUUCCCACAACCAUUCCAUUCAUGUGGACUACUGAGUGAUGUGUUUUAUAUGGCCUGUCAUCCCUAUAUCCAAACUACUCUGCUUCUUCUGCAUAGUGAUAGGCAUGGGCAAACUUUGGCCCUCCAGAUGUUUUGGACUUCAACUCCCACAAUUCCUAACAGCUGGUAGACUGUUAUGAAUUGUGGGAUUUGACGUCCAAAACACCUGGAGGGCUGAAGUUUGCUCAUGCCUGCCCUAUGCCAUCACCAAUGUUGACAUAAAAUGCAACUGGCAGUCCUUUUCCAUUGAACAGAAGGAAUGGGGGCAUGUGCACCAUUUUGUCCUUUUUAGCACCUCAAAACAGCUUGAGCCAUUUUGGCCAUGCUAAAAAUUUCACUAAACAAUCUUUAAUGAGGAUCAGUGUCCUCGAAACAUUUUAAAAGAACUUCAGAAGUGAGAAUUCUGUCGCACCAGAGAAAAAGACUAGCUUGAUUUCCUUCUUGUUGUAGAACAAAGUGCCUAAUUUCAAACUAGCCUGUCCUGUUUGCAUUCCACCAAUUCCCCUUACACUGAAACUGAAAUACAAAUUAUUCCAGGGAUCAGAAAAGGCUCAGAUCUUUGACUGAAUGUGUUUACACUUCUUCCUGACAUGUAGCCUCACUGUGUCAAACAUUGCUUUUUCCAGAGCUGCCCAGAGAGAUCAUGAACCAGCUGUACAAUCUGCAAUCCAGCAGUGUUGGCAUCUGCUAACAGAUGGGUAUUUCCUGAAGGCAUUGCCAACCUGUUGCAGUCACCUGAACCGGGAGAGAAUUUCUGUCCAGAGUCCAAAUCAUUCCCAGUAGCAGUUUUCAAAUAUGAUGCAGAAAUAGAUGAUGAGCAAUGAUACUUCAACAAUGCAAUUCAUUAAGUGCCUAAACCGUGUCCUUAAAUUUAAGCCAGGGUUUGUUGUUUGUUCCUCAUAGCUACAAUAUUAGUUGCAUUAAAAAUGAAUAGGAAAAAAAUUGGUAACAGCUGCCACCAUCAGCAGCUGCCAUGCGGCAAUCUUGCACCAUUGGAGAAAAUUCACAUGGCAUCUAAUAGGCAUUUCAGACACUUAAUUUAUUCCUGUGAUCACUUCCAGUUGCAGUCAGUUGUCCAAGAAGUAUGGCUUCUCUUUUAAAGGCUUUAUCAGACCUAGCCACAAGAAACAGGGUCUUCACCUCUGGGGAAGGGAGACUUUAGAUAAGCUUUCUGAAAUUUAUAGAGUUUGGUUUAAGUGCUGAAGUAAAGGAAGGGGGUUGUCCAGAGACUAUGGCAAAGGGGGAAAGGAUGAAAAGAAGUGGUUGAAAAUUGGCUGUUAAAUUAGUGACUUAUAUAACAGAAAGUAAUCCUCCCAGAAUCCACUUUUUUUCUCUGUCCUUCAUUCUUUGCUUUGUAAUGUCUUUUUUUUUUUUUGCUUUCAUGUAUUUCUUUCUUUGCCGUCUUUUGCCCAUUCUUCUUCAUUCCUCCCAUCGAUGUUAUGUUCAGUUCCUCUAUCUUGCAUCUUUUUUCUUAUCUUUAUGCUUUUGUUGUUUGGGCCCAUCUAGACAUGCCUUUAACCCAAGACCUGUGUCAGUUUUACCAGAGGCAUCCUAAUUACGCCCCUAGUAAAACUGAAUUACUUUGGGACAAGGCAGAUAAACCCUGCUUCAUCUCAAAUUAAUUCGAUACCUGGUAAGACCCGGAUUUUUGAUAAGAUCCAGGUCUUUUGAGGUCACGUGAUCCCUAGGCCCAAUCCACACAGCUGUCUUGGGAUUUUUGGGGUCUAUAAGCCCGGAAAACUAAGCAGGCACCCACCCCCUCCCCAAAAAACCCAAAAUAACCCCUUAAAAUUAAAACUUAGCCAGACACCAUUAAAGUACUGCUGGAGUCCACCUGGUGUGUGGAAAUGAUGCACCAGGAAAGGGGGGCAUGAGUGGUAUCAGGAGGGGGGGCAGGACUUUAGUGGUGACUGGGUAAAUUGAUUUAAUUUUAAGGGCUAAUUUUGUCGGGCUUCUAGGUAUUUGGGUGCCCUUCCGGAAGGCAGGAGAAGGACAUUUAGACACACACACAUACUGGAAAGCAUGGGUUUUGGGCGGAGGUGUAGGGACUUAAAUGUGCACCAAAGGGGGUUUAUUAAACCCGCUUUGGCACGCAUUUAAGUUAAGUCUGGAAGUACCCUUCUUUGCCAUGUCUACCAAACCAGGACCUCCCUGCAGUCCUCACUAUUGUCUUCCCUGGAUGAAUUCCUAUCUUCUUAAAUGCGUGAUGAGAAAUAUUUUUAAGAAUGCCUCAAUAAGUUCUUGAAUUUUGACCAAAUGGAGAAAACAGCUAGCAUUUUUUCCGGAAGCCUGACAGCUUCUAAAUGACUAAGUAGUUUUCAGUCUAAAUUUGAUGGACUAUUAUUAAACAUCCAUUUUUAUAAGAAAAUAAUACUUUUUUAUAUAGGUAGGGGUGUAACUGCUGCUAAGUAAAACUUUGUGGAAUAAACUCAUUGUUUACCUGUCAAAAACUACAGCCAAGAGAACAGUUUGAAAACUGAGGUGAUGCACACAUGUGGUCUCUUGAAAUGCAUGUUGACUGGUGGCAAUUUUAUUUUUAUCUUAUUUUAUUCCAUUUAUUUCAUAAUGUUCUAACAAGGACAGAAAUCAAUCUGACAGGUGAAUAUGUAGGUUUCCUAUUCAGGGAACAUUAUUAGGUUUCAACCCAAAGGAGAUAAUAACACUCCCUUUUGAAAUAUUAUUUCAAGUUGCAGCAAGACCAUGCACUCUGGUUUUUGCUGUUACUAUAGUUAAUAUUUCUAUCUGCUGCAUCAUCUUACAGUUAUCCCAACAGCCCUUCCCGCCCACACCAUUAUUCCCUAAAGUAAAUCCAGUUCAAGUCUUAGCAAUGAAAAACUGUUGGCUUAAGAAUACAAUAGAGUGCAAUGAUGUAAAUGACUCCUGAAAAGAGGUUUCCAACAGUUAUAGGAAAUGUAAACAAGAGGAGACUUUUUAACACACGUGGUGGACAUGUAAUUGUGCCCAGAAAUACUGGAUUCAAAUCCAUAAGUUGAUUCAGAAAUUUGGGGGGGGGGGGAAAUGUCCAGUUAAAGAGUUAUUUUUUUACUUGGAAUGACUGAUAUAAAUGACUAUUAUAAAUUGUUGCAAUAUGUGAUCACAGUGGCAAGAUUGGUCGAUGCCCAGAAAUGGAAAAACAGAGCAGCACCAACAACUGAAGAUUGGACAAUAAAAAUGAUGAAAUUGACCAAGAUGCAUAAAUUAACUUGCUUAUUAAAAGAAGAGACAUUGUGAAAAA